AUGGAAACCGAACUCCAGGCGCAGAUCCCCGGUCUCGACCGUGUCAUUUCAGAAUACUCGGUGGGCUACCUGAUCCACGCCUCCAACCUGUACGUCGAGGAUGGCAGCGUCCAAUCCCCAUUAACCGAGGCCGCCGAAACUGUCACCGAGCUUCUAGUCUCCGCCUCGGGUGAUUUCUCCCCGCAGAACCACGAGGCGAUCGGCAACCUGGUGGAAAAGUUCAUCGCCAAACUGAGCUCCUCCAAUGGCGUGGAUGCGGAGCGGCGACAGAUGCCGUUCAUGGCCAAGAAGCUGGAUCAGGCCAUCAACGUCGGCUCCCAGCGCAACAUGUCAUCCACCCUGGGCUUGACUGGCACCACCGUGGACUUGGAGUCGGCCAAUGCCCGAAAGGUCGAGUCGCGCGUGGAUAAGAAGAAGCUCGAAAAGGCCGAGCGCAAGAUUCGGUUCAAGCAGGAGAAGAAGCAGAUGAAGACCGUUCAGUAUGAAGCCUCGCGCUUGCUGAACCCGACGGAUGAGGCCAUGUCCUAUGAAGAGUUCUUCAUGGCGGUCAACCCUCUCCAGCUGGGCGCAGAUGCCCAGUCCAAGAGCAAGGAUAUCAAGUUGGACAACCUCGAUAUCUCCAUCAGCGGUCUACGGAUCCUGACCGACGCAGCCUUGACGCUGGCCUAUGGUCGUCGCUAUGGUUUGGUGGGUCAGAACGGUAUCGGAAAGUCCACGUUGCUGCGCGCAUUGAGUCGUCGAGAAGUCGCCAUUCCAAGCCACAUCUCCAUUCUCCACGUCGAGCAGGAGAUUACCGGUGACGAUACCACAGCUAUUCAAGCCGUUUUGGACGCCGACGUAUGGCGGAAACACCUCCUCGCAGAACAAGAGAAGAUCACAAAACAAUUGGCAGCGAUCGAAGAGGAGAGAUCCCAGAUGGCAGAUACAUCAAAAGAUGCCGCCAGAUUGGACCACGAACGGGAAGGCCUGGAUAUCACUCUCAGCGAUAUCUAUUCCAAGCUUUCCGAGAUGGAGUCGGACAAGGCCGAGUCCCGCGCAGCCAGCAUUUUGGCGGGUCUAGGUUUCUCCCCGGAGAGACAGCAAUACGCCACCAAAACCUUCUCCGGAGGUUGGAGAAUGAGAUUAUCGCUGGCUCGAGCUUUGUUCUGUGAGCCAGAUCUCCUUUUGCUGGACGAACCUUCAAACAUGUUGGACGUUCCGUCGAUCACUUUCUUGUCCAACUACCUCCAAGGCUAUCCUAGUACUGUCCUGGUCGUUUCGCACGAUCGAUCGUUCCUCAACGAAGUGGCCACGGAUAUUGUCCACCAACAUUCGGAGCGCCUGGACUACUACCGGGGUGCUAAUUUCGAAUCAUUCUAUGCGACCAAAGAAGAGCGCAGGAAGACUGCCAAGCGCGAGUAUGAGAAGCAGAUGGCAGAGAGGGCACAUCUCCAAGCCUUUAUCGAUAAGUUCCGGUACAAUGCCGCCAAGUCCUCCGAAGCGCAAUCGAGAAUCAAGAAGCUCGAGCGGAUGCCCGUCCUCGAAGCCCCCGAGAGCGAAUAUGUCGUUCACUUCCAGUUCCCCGAGGUAGAGAAGCUGUCCCCACCCAUCGUUCAAAUGACGGAAGUGUCCUUUGGCUACACCAAGGACAAGCCUCUUCUCAAGGAUGUGGAUCUGGAUGUUCAAUUGGACUCGCGUAUUGGAAUUGUUGGACCGAACGGUGCCGGUAAAACCACCGUGCUGAAGCUUCUGACCAACCAGCUGGAGCCGACCAAGGGUCUGAUCUCGGCACACUCGAGAUUGCGCAUUGGAUUCUUCGCUCAACACCACGUCGACGCACUGGAUAUGACGACGAGUGCCGUGAGUUUCAUGGCCAAGACGUAUCCCGGCAAGAGUGACGAGGAGUACCGAAGACACUUGGGCGCAUUUGGCAUUACAGGCACCACCGGUCUCCAGCGCAUGGAGCUGUUGUCUGGAGGACAGAAAUCCCGUGUGGCGUUCGCCUGUCUGUCUCUGACCAACCCGCACAUCCUGGUUCUGGACGAACCGUCCAAUCACCUGGAUAUCGAGGGUAUGGAUGCGCUGUCGGAGGCCCUGCAAAGGUUCGAGGGAGGUGUAGUGAUGGUGUCCCACGACGUGACGAUGCUGCAGAAUGUGUGUACGAGCCUGUGGGUGUGCGACAAGGGCACGGUGACCAAGUUCGACGGCAACGUCGCCGCGUACAAGAAGAUGAUCAGCGCACAGGCCAAUGAGGCUGGAGUGGCUGCUCCUCAUUAA